GGUGUGGGUGUGCGGCUGUUAGAUUUCCGACUGGCGCCCGAGGAAUAGAGAACAGUGGUUCCGGGGAAAUAUGGAGCCGCUACAGAGGCUGCUGGACAAUCUGCGCGCUGUGCUGGGGAAGCUGCGAGAUGGCGAAUCCAGUGAAGGCAGCAACUUUAGUCCGCAGUUCUGGGAGACCCUGGGGCAAGCAAUCAAAGCAACUUCUCAAGAGGCGACUAAAAUCAGUCUGGCUUACUCCAAGCCUCCAUUGCCAUCAGAAGACGACUGCCAAAAGCUCAGUGAUGGGCUUCUCAAUUCUAUUUUGGCAGCUUCAACUUUAUAUUACUCGCUCCCCAAGAAGCAAGGUAUAACACUUCGAAAGACAGUUAGAGAGGCUGUGGCUGACGUGAUAGAGGGCACCAUGCAACUCCUAGAAGUAAUCUUAAAUUCUCCUAUACAAAGUCUGAUAAAGGUACAGCUGGUAUCCACGGGCAGUGUGUGGGAAGCAUGUGACCAGUUUGAGCAGAUUCCUAAAGAUAACCAGGCUGCUGUUGUAGCAACUGUAUCUGGAUAUCUGGGUGUAGUCAAGGAUGCGCUAGAAGAGAUGGAACAGGCUUUGGCAAGUGGGGAGGACCCUUUCAGUGACGUCCUAGAAGAUGAUGAAACGGGUGCCCGUGGAAACCAGGAUACUUAUUGGUCCGAGGAAGACCACAGGCUUAUAGCUCCAUGCUUGGGUCUUAUGAAGGCCUCUAAAGCCUGUAUGAAGAAGGUGCUGGGAGCCCUGAAGACUCAUGGGAAGGUGGAGACGACAGAUCAGGUGGCGCAGCUGGAUGACCUGGCCGAUAUUACACAGGAAGUGAGCCCCAGUGUGGAUGAAUUGGCGCUAAGUAUGUACCCUCCUAUGAACCAUGUAGCUGUUCGCUUUAAUGCUGCAAAGUUGUCCUCUGUGCUGAAGAAAGUGCUGGAGAUCGUAAGGUCAAGCCAUGUAUGUCCUGACAGUGAAACCAGUUGGGUGCAGUUUCUCAGCAAUGCCAUUGAUCACAACAUGAACAAAGUUAAAAGCUUAACCCAGUGUGCUCUUUGAUUAAAGAACUCCAUAUUCCUAAUCCAUGGAUUCCAAAGCUGGGAGGUUCAGCUUCAGCAAGUCCCAUUGAAGCUUCUGAGUGAAGUGGGCUUUAUAUGUAAGGAUGAGACAUUUUCAUAAAUCCUUCCCAGGACAUAAAGGAUUCUUCUGUUCUAGACUUUGUUUAUCCAGCAUUCAUAGCAAGUGUGUUUUUCAUUGGAAGGUCUUUGUCCACCCAAAAUUAUUAUUUUACUUAGGUUGAGGUGUGAUCUCUGCACCUGAUUUCCUCUUCUUUAGGCUUGCUGUUGCCAUUUAGACAGACGCUUUCCUUGUUUUGGAUUUUUUUCUUUGCUUGGACUACACAGGGGCAGAAGUGCUUCAGCAGUUUUAGGUGGAUCAACGCUGUAUAUAAAUAAAUCGAAUAUAGUGCUGAACAGAAA